GCAGGAGUCGGCUUCCACGUGUGUCCCGGAGCCGGCGUCUCAGCACACGCUCCUCCGCGAGCCCGGGUGUCUUCAGCAGCAGGAGCAGCCGGGGAAUCGAGGCCCCCGCAGCACCUGGGCCAAGUCCAGUGGCCAAAGCCCGCAGAAUCGUAGGAGCGGAGGGCCGUCCGGGUCCGAACCGCAGCUGAUGGGUUCCGACGUGCGGGACCUGAACGCGCUCCUGCCCGCGGUGUCCUCUCUGGGCAGCGGCGGCGGCUGCGGGCUCCCUGUGAGCGGCGCUGCUCAGUGGGCGCCGGUGCUGGACUUCGCGCCUCCGGGUGCUUCGGCUUACGGGUCGCUGGGCGGUCCCGCGCCUCCGCCAGCUCCGCCGCCACCUCCGCCGCCACCCCACUCCUUCAUCAAACAGGAGCCCAGCUGGGGCGGCGCCGAGCCGCACGAGGAGCAAUGCCUGAGCGCCUUCACUUUGCACUUCUCUGGCCAGUUCACCGGUACAGCCGGGGCCUGUCGCUACGGACCCUUCGGUCCUCCUCCGCCCAGCCAGGCGUCCUCCGGCCAGGCCAGGAUGUUCCCAAAUGCGCCCUACCUGCCCAGCUGCCUGGAGAGCCAGCCCACUAUCCGCAACCAAGGAUACAGCACAGUCACUUUCGACGGGGCGCCCAGCUAUGGCCACACGCCCUCGCACCACGCGGCGCAGUUUCCCAACCAUUCCUUCAAACACGAGGACCCCAUGAGCCAGCAGGGCUCUCUGGGCGAGCAGCAAUAUUCGGUGCCGCCCCCGGUGUAUGGCUGCCACACCCCUUCGGACAGCUGCACAGGCAGCCAGGCCCUGCUGCUGAGGACGCCCUACAGCAGUGACAAUUUAUACCAAAUGACCUCCCAGCUUGAAUGCAUGACCUGGAAUCAGAUGAACCUGGGAGCCACCUUGAAGGGAAUGGCUGCUGGGAGCUCCAGCUCAGUGAAAUGGACAGAAGGGCAGAGCAACCACGGCACAGGGUAUGAGAGUGAGAACCACGCAACCCCCAUCCUCUGUGGUGCCCAGUACAGAAUUCACACCCACGGAGUCUUCCGAGGCAUUCAGGAUGUGCGACGUGUGUCUGGAGUGGCCCCAACUCUCGUCCGGUCAGCCUCUGAGACCAGUGAGAAACGUCCUUUCAUGUGUGCUUACCCAGGCUGCAAUAAGAGAUAUUUUAAGCUGUCCCACUUACAGAUGCACAGCCGGAAGCACACUGGUGAGAAACCAUACCAGUGUGACUUCAAGGAUUGUGAGAGAAGGUUUUCUCGCUCUGACCAGCUCAAAAGACACCAAAGGAGACACACAGGUGUGAAACCAUUCCAGUGUAAAACUUGUCAGCGCAAGUUUUCGCGGUCCGACCACCUGAAGACGCACACCAGGACUCAUACAGGUAAAACAAGUGAAAAGCCCUUCAGCUGUCGGUGGCACAGUUGUCAGAAAAAGUUCGCGCGGUCAGAUGAAUUAGUCCGCCAUCACAACAUGCACCAGAGAAACAUGACCAAACUCCAGCUGGCGCUUUGAGGGGUCCGACGGGGGGACAACUCAGCAUCCCAGGCAGGACAGUGUGCAAACCGCUUCCAAACCCGAUUUCGAAAUUCCUCCCCACUCAUCUACAGAGUGAUUUGACGGUGGGUCGUCAUCCAACUUCCAAGACUGCACACGUGUUUGGCUACACCCUAUCAGGUCUGCUGGGAGGAGUCUGUGCUCCACCUCCUUUUGGCUAACUCACAGGCCUGAAAAAGUGGCUCGAGAUGUCUUGCUGGUUGAAAGAGCAUUGCCAUUUCGGCCGAACUUUCCACUGUUAGAAGAUACAUUGUUGCUAAUGUCCCCCUACCUCCCUCUUCUCCUUCAUGCGUGUUUUCACCAGGAUGGGAGCGAGUGUUCCAUUUUCCAUCAUGGGAUAUUUAUAGGCCAGGGCAUGGUGUGUGUGUCUGCUAAUGUAAACUUUGUCAUGGUUCCCAUUUACUAACAGCCCUAGAAAGAAAUAAAUCAGAGAGCAAAGCACCAGGGUUGGCAAGUCCCGCCCAGAAUUUCAGAGGUCAGGCUGCAAACCCGGAAUCCUGGAAGGCAGGAAUUCUUGUAAAGCUCAUAGGUUUUAGGAUUAGAAUUAACCGGAACCUCUACAUAGAAACCUGAAGGAACCUUCCUGUUCAGCUAGUCAUUGCUAACAUUAGCACCGUGCUCUUAAGAAAUAAUGUUCAAAGAGCAGAGAUUUUAAAAAAUGUUUUGAUUUAUUUUUUAGCUGUAAUUAGGUACAUCUUCAGAGAUGUACUUUCCUUUUCAUGCAAAGGAAAUGGAAGAAUUCAUUUUCAUCAUCUGGGGUCUCUUUAGAAUGUAAAGACCACACUGGCUAUGUGGCUUCGAGUUGUAAAAAUUAAAAUGACUUUAAGAGAAACUAGGGGCUGGUCCAGGAUCUUCACUGGUAAGACUGUUCUUAAGUAACUUAAGUAUCUUUGACUCUGCAAGUAUGUGGGGGAAACAAAAAGAUAUAUUAUUGUGAGGAAAUCCAUUGUUUAAAGGUGUGUGUGUGUGUUGUUGUUGUUUUUUAAAGGGAGGGAGUUUAUUAUUUACUGUUGCUUGAAAUACUGUGUAAAUAUAUAUGUAUAUAUGAUGUGCUCUUUGUCAACUAAAAUUAGGAGGUGUAUGGAUAUUAGAUUCAUCACUGUGUGGAUGUCAAUCUUACAGUGUAUUAAUGAUAAUACUAAAAAUGUAACCUGCAUUUUUUUUCACUUGGCUGUCAAUUAAAGUCUAUUCAA